AUGCAGGGCCUCCUCGUGCUGCUCGUGCUGCUGCUCGCCCUGCCGCUCUACUCCAUCUACUGCGUCUACAAGCCGCCGCGCUUCCUCAUCGGCUACCUGCGCAACAAGUUCCCCGACGUGCUCUUCGAGGUGCCGACGGCCCAGAAAAUCAUUGCCCUGUCGCUCGACGACGCCCCCUCGGCGCAUACCGACGAGAUCAUGCAGGUGCUGCGGGACAACGACGCGCACGCCACCUUCUUCGUCAUCGGGAAGCAGGUCGAGGGGCGGGAGGCCACGCUGCGGAAGCUGGUUGCGCAGGGCCACGAGCUGGGCAACCACGCUAUGCGCGACGAGCCCUCAAAGAGGUUGAGCAACGACGAGCUGGAGAGCCAGGUCAAGCAGGUCAAGGCCAUGCUGACGGAGGCGUACGAGGCCGAGGGCAAGAUCCUGCCGAAUAACUAUUUCCGCCCUGGGUCGGGCUUGUUCAACAAGCGGAUGAGGGACUUGCUUGGCAAUAGAGGGUUCAGGAUCGUUUUGGGGAGCAUAUACCCCCACGAUCCGCAGAUUCCUUACCCCAACAUGAAUGCCAAGCAUAUUCUGAGCAUGGCGCAUCCUGGAGCCAUCAUUAUAUGCCAUGACAGAAGAGGCUGGACAGCACCGAUGCUGCGAAUUGUGCUGCCGGAAUUGAAGCGACAGGGAUACAAGAUUGUCACUAUCACGGAUCUGGUGACGUCUGUUGAGCCAUUGGGCGAUCGGCAAGCCAUGCAGUUUGGAGAGUUGAAACCUUGA